AUGCCAGUGCGACAACUGGCUAGAUGCAGGUGGAUCUUAUCCCAAUUGCCCAUACUAAAUGACAAAACUCUCUAUAAUAUUGGUGUCUAUCGCAGUAGUAAACUAAAUACCAAAAGAUUCAUAGGUACUAGAAAUAUAUUGCAUAGAGAUACCGAUGAAAUUGCUAAGACAAAUGCUAGCAUAUCCAACUGCAUGUUCGAAGAGCUCAAACUUUCGGCUAAAAUAACAGGCAAUGAGACUCUUGACACCGAGUUAGACACGCUUACUCAUAUUGACGAAAGGAAGUGGGACUUCCUGGACACUAUAGAGAUAGUUGUUAAGCUUGAAGAAAAAUUUGGAGUGGCAUUAAAUGAUUCAGUAUGUAACAAUAUUAAAACGCUCAAAGACCUAGUAGAUUCAUUUGAAAAGGAACUUGCUAAUAAAUAA